AUGGGGAAGCUGCUGCUGUGGGUUGGGCUGCUCCUUGUGCUGAAACACCAUGAUGGUGCUGCCCACAAGCUGGUGUGUUAUUUCACCAACUGGGCAUUCAGUCGGCCCGGCCCUGCCUCGAUCCUGCCCCGGGAUCUGGACCCCUUUCUCUGCACCCACCUGGUAUUUGCCUUUGCCUCGAUGAAAAACAAUCAGAUUGUUCCUAAGGAUCCCCAGGAUGAGAAAGUCCUCUACCCAGAGUUCAGCAAGCUCAAGCAGAGGAACAGGGGGCUGAAAACACUGCUGUCCAUCGGGGGGUGGAACUUCGGCACCGCGAGGUUCACCAUGAUGCUGUCCACAUUCACCAACCGGGAAAGGUUUGUCAAUUCAGUGAUCGCCCUCCUGAGGACACAUGGCUUCGAUGGUCUGGACCUCUUCUUCUUGUACCCUGGACUCAGAGGCAGCCCCUCACGUGACCGCUGGACCUUUGUCUUCUUACUUAAGGAGCUCCUGCAGGCCUUCAAGAAUGAGGCACGGCUCACCAUGCGCCCAAGGCUGCUGCUGUCUGCUGCCGUCUCUGGGGACCCCCAUGUCAUCCAGAAAGCGUAUGAUGCACGCCGUCUGGGCAGACUCUUGGAUUUCAUCAGCGUCUUGUCUUACGACUUACAUGGAAGCUGGGAAAAGGUCACAGGACACAAUAGCCCUCUGUUCUCUCUGCCUGGAGACCCCAAAUCUUCGGCAUAUGCCAUGAAUUACUGGCGACAGCUUGGGGCCCCCCCUGAGAAGCUCCUCAUGGGGCUCCCCACCUAUGGACGUACUUUUCACCUCCUCAGAGCCUCUCAGAAUGAGCUGAGGGCAGAAGCAGUGGGACCAGCAUCUCCAGGGAAGUACACCAAGCAAGCUGGCUUCUUGGCUUAUUAUGAGAUUUGCUCCUUUGUCCGGAGAGCGAAGAAGCGCUGGAUUGAUGAUCAGUAUGUCCCAUAUGCCUUCAAGGGGAAGGAGUGGGUUGGCUAUGAUGAUGCCAUGAGCUUCAGUUACAAGGCAGUUUUCAUAAAGAGAGAGAAUUUUGGGGGGGCCAUGGUGUGGACAUUGGACCUGGAUGACGUCAGGGGCAAUUUCUGCGGCACUGGCCCUUUCCCCCUUGUCCACACGUUGAAUAAUCUCCUGGUGAGUGAUGAGUUCAGCUCAACUCCUUCACCAAAAUUUUGGUUCUCAACUGCUGUGAAUUCUUCAAGAAUUGGCCCUGAAAUGCCAACUAUGACGAGGGAUUUGAUCACUGGUUUGGGCAUUUUGCCCCCGGGAGGAGAGGCUGUGGCCACUGAGACUCAUAGAAAGUCUGCAACUAUGACCAUAACCCCCAGAGGUUGGCUUGCAACCCCUACAAGGACCCCUCUGACCUUUGGAAGGCUCACUGCUGCUCCAGAAGGGAAGACUGAGAGCCCUGGAGAGAAGCCUGUGCUCCCUGUGGGCCAUCUGGCGGUGAGCCCUGGAGGGAUAGCUGUGGGUCCCGUGCACCGUCAGACUGGACAGGUGGUCACGCCCCCAGGAAGGAAGGCUGGAGUCCCUGAGAAGGUGACCACCCCCUCCGGAAAGAUGACAGUCACCCCUGGUGCGCAGGCUGAGACUCUGGAGAGGUCACUUUGA